AAUGUAGUUGCAUUCUUGACAUUAAUCAAGGCAAAAUAGUCUGUAACAAAAUGUUGUUCUCAAGGUUUUAUACUUUUGUUGUGUUAUUUCAAAUAUACAAUUUUCAAUUUGUUCUUGCAAAAGAACCAGUCUGUUCAAAAUUUGCUUACGAAGAACAACUUUUAGAGAAAAUGAUCAGGACUGAAAUUAAAGUAGAAACCAUGGCAAACGAAAUUAAGACGACACAAGAGACUGUCAUGGACACUUUAGGCGUCAUUAAGAAGACUGUUCAAGAAUUCACGGAUAUGUUUGAAAGCUUGAAGAACAACAUCACGGGGCGUAUGUUAGAGAACACUCAAAUAAUAGAGAAGAAAAUGAAGUUCUUCGAGAAGUUAUAUGAAGCGACUCGGAUGAAUUUAACGCAAGAAAUUGAAAAGCAAGGAAACAGUGUUGUCGAAAUGCAAGGGAAAUUGGAACGACCCUCUGUCGCUUUUAAUGCACACCAUGUGGCAGAUGUUAACCUAGAUGAAGCAAACGAGAGGAUUGUAUUUGAUACUGUCAUCACUAACGAAGGCUCUGGAUACGAUAGUUCCACAGGAAUUUUCACAGCUCCUGUUGGGGGGAUGUACCAGUUUAACGUCCAUAUUUGUACACAUUCCUCAAAAUUCAGUUAUAUAGGAAUAGUUCAUGCUGAUAACAUAUUUGCAAAAAAGUUUCAAUAUGCAUCUGGAAACCCACUAUUGCAGCUCAGUGGGAGGAGUAAUAAGAGUGAAUUCAGGGGAACAAGUUUGGGUUCAGUCUACUUCACCGUCAUCAAGCCACAAACUAAUUGAUGACAACUCGAGAAUGAACAUAUUCUACGGAAUGCUUAUAAACAGCUAGAUAGAAACGCAUUCAAUGCGAUAUAUCUGCAAAUAGCCUAAGCUUAUGAGUUUAUGUGUUUUUUAUCGACGGAUGUAUUGACUAUAUUCAUGAAAUCAGAUAUUAAAGAUGCAUUGACCAAAGAUUAUUUGACAAGUAUUUAUCAGGAAACGUUUUUUUUUAAUAAAGAUAGAUAUGUAGAGCUAAAAAAUGAACAUCAAUACUUUUAAUUCCUAGAAAAAAGUGUUAACAGCAUUUUCCAAACAUGUGAGAGAAGACCAAAAUUCUUUCUUUUUCCUUAUCAAACAAAGUUGAUAUUGUUAAAAGUGUAUUUUUGUUUGAUUUUAAAUGACUGAUUUAAACUAUUUCUCUAUUCCUCUUUAUUGUUUACUUUCUUAGAGUAUUGUUCUCAAUGAUAUACAUGUAUAUGGGCUUUUGUGUCAAUAUCGUUUAUGUACAUGUAAUUUUUAAAUGAUACAAUAACAAUUGUUAAAAAUCUUUACAAUAACUGAACGGCCGAAAAAAGAAAAGAAAACAUAAUCCUUAAAGAACGUCAAAAACAGCAUAUUGUAAAUUUUGGUUUCGCUUUCGGUUUAAAUGAGCCAAUUCAUGGACGGAACAGGAAAGUGCAAGCUACUGUCCGCGACCCUAGCACUCGGCUUUAGCAGAAUUCAAAUUUUAAAUGUAGGUAAAAUAUCACAAUAUUUAGCUCUUACACUACACAUAGUCUAUUUUUAUGGUUUACUUUAUUUUUUUAUGUCUUUUGUAAGUGAUUUUAAUUUAGGUAAAAUAUGAUACUGUCAGAUAGAAUUACGGAUUUUUAAGAAUUAUGGCAUGUCUUUCUUGUUCCACUGUCAUGUUUUGAAAAAUAAACAAGUUUGAUGGCA